CUCGUUCCCCAACGUGUUAUUUUCCUCUCACCGCACACAUUCCACUAAAUAUUGCUGUUCCCGAAGUAGUACUGAAUCUACGGAAGCCCCGAAGCAGUGCGUCCAUCACGACUAAAUCUUCUUGUUCGGGUGUGCAAGAAGAGUCCCGAGGAGGAAGUUUUUGCCGAAUUCAAGUGGAGAAGGAGCGACAAUGUCAACUCAUUGACGCCGCUUAGAAGAACCCUCGAAAUUUUGUUACACCUGCCAGACAAAAAAAAAAAAAAAAAAAAAAAGAUUGCAGUCUUGAGGAGCAGGAGUGGAGCUCCGGCAUGGAGCAGCAGGAGCUGGAGCCACCUGACAUUAAAGAGGAAGAGGAGCCGGAGCGCCUCCAAAUUAAAGAGGAGGUGAAAGCAAAAUCAGCACACGUUAAAGAAGAAAAGCAGGACGAGGGUACCGCCAAGUUUUCAGUGACUGGUGUCAUUAUCAAGCGUGAAGAAGGUAAUGAUGACCACUGUGGAGAAUCCCAAAUCGGCAGCCUUUUAGCUCCAGUCUCGGAUAUUGACAACAUAACGUCACUGUCUUCUGAUGAUGAUGAUGAUAAUAAUGAUGGUGAUGAUAAUGACGAACAGCGCUCUCAAGGUGAUGGGACAUUUCACCCCGGCAACAAACGAGUGAAAUGUGCUCAGUGUGGCAAAACCUUUGUCAACAAGUCGUCGUUGAAAACGCACGCAAGGACGCACAGUGGAGAAAAACCCUUUGGCUGCUCUGUUUGCGAUAAAAGAUUCACCCAGAAGGGGCAGUUGGUGGCGCACACAAAAAUACACACCGGGGACAAACCUUUUAUCUGCUCGGUUUGUGGGAAAAGAUUCUCCAGAAAUGGAGAUUUAAGGACACACAAAAGAACGCACACGGGGGAGAAACCUUUUGUCUGUUCGGUUUGCGGCAAAGGCUUCACUAAAAACACAAAUUUAAAGGCACACAAAAGGACGCACACUGGUGAGAAACCUUUUGCCUGCUCAACAUGCGGUCUUCGGUUCGCCCAAAAGACAAAUUUAACGACACACACAAAAUCACAUGCUGGAGAGAAACCUUUUGCGUGCUUAGUUUGUGGAAAAACAUUCUACACAAAGACGAAUUUAACCGCACACGCAAGAUCGCAUGCUGUAGAGAAACCUUUUCCGUGCUCAGUUUGUGAUAAAAGAUUCUCCUCAAAGACAAAUUUAACAGCACACACGCGAACACACACUGGAGAGAAACCUUUUGUGUGCUCAAUUUGCGGCAAAAGAUUCUCCCGAAGGACACAUUUACGAACGCACGCAAGGACGCACACUGGAGAAAAACCUUUUCCCUGCUCAGUUUGCGGCGUAACAUUCCGCGUGCGCUCAACGUUGGUCCAGCACACGAGAACGCACGCCGGGGAGAAAAGUUUUGUUUGCUCAUUUUGCGGGAAAGGAUUCAUGCGGAAGGAGACUUUGAACACGCACGCACAAACUCACACUGAAGAAAACCCUUUGGCCUGUUCAGUUUGCGGGGAAAGAUUUUCAAAAACGAUAAGCUUAACAACACACACCAGAAGUCACAGCAGUGAGAAACCUUUUGUCUGCUCAAUUUGUGGUAAAACAUUCACGCGAAAGGAAAAACUGAACAUACACACAAGAACGCACACCGGGGAAAAACCUUUUGCCUGCUCAAUUUGUGGCAAAACGUUCACACGUAAGGAAAAAUUGAACGUACAUGCAAGAACACACACCGGGGAAAAACCUUUUGCGUGCUCGGUUUGCGGUAAAAGAUUUUGCAAAAAGGCGAGUUUAACGACGCACACAAGAACACACGGUGGUGAGAGACCUUUUAGCUGCGAUGUGUGUGAUGAGAGAUUUCACGAAAAGCAUCAUCUUAAGAAACACACGUGUGCUGGCGAGAGGAGCAGCGGUCAAUCAAGGCGCAGAUGAAAGUGAAGAAACAAAAGCUGUGUUGGGAAUGGACCUUUCCGACUGGUGAUCUUAAGCUUCCAAAAUGGCGACUGAACAGAACAGGUUUGAAGCCGAUUCUCUAACGCAAGGAUACGAACACGGAAUUAAGAUUUUGGACGGAGCAGGACGCAAUGUCAGAGUUACAGCGAAACGUUGGCGAUCGGCGCAAAAAAAGUUUGACGCCUCACAAACUUCAUAAUGAAAUCCAACAGGAUAAAAUGGUGGAAUCGUACUGCGCAUGUAAAGCAGGCUGAGUACUUUUUACUUGGAAAGAUCACGAGUAAUAUCAUUGUAGUCUUUAGAAGUGAGUUAGGUUCGAUUUUCUGCAUUUAAACAAUGGUGAUGAACUCAGUCAGUACAGUAAUUACCCGAUAAAAAAGUUUGACUUAGCUCGUAAUCGAACCCAGUGCUCUAUCUUAAAGGUCCGAUGUGAUCCAAAUAGGCAAACAGACAUUUCUCUUGCAUGACAUUACACAUUUACGUAUUCCUAACCCGACUCUUUGGCAUAAAACGUGACACACUUCGUUCAGCGGGUCAGUGAUACACUAACAAAGUGAAAGUUAUUCUCCUGCAAAGUAUAAAGCACUGAUAAUAAUUCAGUCAAACUCAGAGAAGGUACUCCUCCCUCACUUACCUUCGAACAUACAGCCUUGUGUUUGUCAAUAUUGUUCACAUUUAGUUGUACUUGCGCUCUUCCGCGACCCUUAAUCCAUCGUAGACUCUUCCUCAACUGUCUUUUAGGCUUUGGAAAUGAAUCAAGCUAGCCGGAUAUCUUUCAUUAGAACUGCAUGUUCCCCAAGCGCACGUGAGGACCAUUUUCUUCGUAACGUUAACUUUUCCAAGCGCACGCUACUGACAACCACUAUUGCUUGUGGGACAACAUGGCGGCAGGGGCGUGUCAAGCCAACGGUUAAGACAAUGCAGCUAUCUGAUUGGCUAUUAUUGUACGAGUGAUUGACAGGUCAGACAGGUCCAUUGCUGACCCAUUCCUCAUCACUUUAUAGUGAUUUUUAGAGUGCUAAAAAUCCCUCUGAAAUGACUCAAUGAUUGACUCAUUUCCUACUAGCUUAUUCCCUGGUUACUGUACAAGGAUUUUUAUAUAGUGGACUAUAUUGUACUGUAUAUUAUUUUUCAGGCAUUUCAAAGAAUGUACGUCAUAAGUCAUUGACUGUAUGUGUUUUGUUUCUAAAUACUUUAAAAUUGGAGAUAAGUGUUGUGGCACAACCCCCUCGCUCACCGUCCCACCCCGCAUCAAGGAUCGCACCACGUGAUCUUGGUAAUACACACACACAAAAAAAAAAAAAAAAACAAGAUGAAAACUAAAAGCCAAACUCUUACAACUAUCUUAACGUUUACAUAGUCACUAAUUUGUAGCUCUGGGAGUAAAAAACAACAAAUACACAAUUGUGGUCACACAAAUAUGUAGGGAUCCAUUUACACAAUAAACAUUACUUUUGCCUCGAUCAAGAGGCUUGUGAAGUGGAAAAUACUGAACGUUUAUUUUGGUCCGUGUCGACUUUUUACUUUUCACUCCUUUCAAAACAAAAGCGUCAAAUGCGAAAUAGGAAGUUAGAAUUAACAGAUUACCAAAGCCUGGACAGAGAGCAUAAGACUGAAAAGUACACUAUUUUCAUUUAUUUAUUCUAGCAACAACUGUGCCUUGUUGUAAGUAUUUGAUCUGUUAUUUUUACCCAAGAUGUUCUAUUUUGAUUCUUUUAUAUUUUUUCAUUAUAUUUAUAUUCGCGCAUGCACCUUGUGGGGAAGCACUCGUCAUUUUGUUGUAUACACAGUCAUAUAAUGACAUUAAAGGCUAUUGAUUGAUUGAUUGAUUGAUAAUUUAGCCGCAAGUCAUAUCUUUUCUUCUUUUCCUUUCGGCUUGUCCCGUUAGGGGUCGCCACAGCGUGUCAUUUUUUUCCAUCUAACAGGUCCAUCAACCUUUUCUUUGGUUCAACAGGUAACACUGUUGUCUGACUUGUACUUUUUUGUUUGCACUUAAUGUACAAGACCUUUGCUUUGAGCCCAUUGAUAUGUGAAAUGUGUACAAGGACGACAGCCCGUCCUGAAACUAAAUAGUAAAUAUGUAUUCCAAGAGGCAUUUCUGACCACUUCAAGAGAUACAGUCAGCCUCACAGUCUGCAACUAUGAAUCUGUAUUUCAGGCCUCAGUGAGAAUUGAACUCACGACUCCUGGUUUACUAGACCAGUGCUCUAACCACUGAGCUAC